UUGGAGUACCAGGGGGUAUAUAUAGAAAAAACAAAAAACCCUUACGUUGCAUUACAAGAACUUGUCACAAAUACCAUCGAAUGGCGAAAAUCUAGGGAGCUCUUGUGCAAACAAUUGUACCCAAUCGACAGAAAGUAUCUGAAAGUGAUGAUCUGGCAAUUAUAGCCAAGUUUUUUUGCAGCAGCUCGCUGAAAAAUUAAAGCUAGAAAAAUUGGUAGUCGAAAUCGUUAUUUCGCGGCGCGAGGUUUAAGGUUCCAAAAGAUGAUUGACUUCCGAACAGGCCCCAUAGCUUUGGCCGUGUUGGCGGUGUGCCUAGGAUUGUCCAAGUCCGACCAGGAUGUGCCAGUAUCCAAUCGGAUCGCCAUGCCAUCACCGGGUGAUCCGCUCUAUUAUAUGAAUGCCGAUGCAGGUCUUUCCGUGGGUCCCACCGUAGCCCUGAAACGCACCAAUCGCUCCCUUCUGAAGUGGUGGGAUGACCUCUUCCUGCGAAACAAUUGUUGCAACAAUAACAACAAUGUUGUUUACCCGCCAGCACCUGUUGUUCCUCCUCUUAUAAACAACAACUGCAACAAUGGGUUGCAGCUCCAGGACCUUGAUCCUUUCAAGCAGAUGAAGCUCUUCAAGAAGCUGCCCGACCUCUUCACACCUCAAAGUCCUUGCGGCCAGACUUGCGGUGGCUGCGGACAGCUCCCGCAACCCCAGCCGAACUAUGUUGCUCCUUUGACUCCCGCCUACGGUGGGGAAGGGUAUGCACCAGUUCCAAAGGAGGAGUAUGUCCAGCCAAGUCCUAACUAUGGUCCGGGAGAUGGCGACGCCGGCUAUGUGGCUCCACCUGCCACAGACACCUAUGUGGCACCCGUUGCUCCUGCUCCUGCGCCUGCGGUUGUAACUUAUGAGGCGCCUGUUCCAGCCUACGAGGCACCUGCUCCAGCCUACGAGGUGCCAGUUGCUCCGCCCGCAGCCUAUGAAGCCCCAGCUCCUCCAGCUGUCGAAUAUGUCGCACCCCCACCACCAGUUCCCGCUCCUGUCGCCGAUGUCUAUGCUCAGCCGGCUCCGGCUGCAGCACCACAACUACCGCCGAUUGUCUACCAACCCAUCAUUUACGUCUCCACUCCUUUGGUCUCCAAGUCCCAGGUGCAGGCUGACGAGAAUCAGGCUUAUGGAACUCAGCCGGCUCCACCUGCUCCUGUCUACGAGGCUCCAGCUCCAGCUCCUUCGCCCCCAGCGCCCUGCGGGGGUUAUGCGCCACCCACACCCAACUAUGGAACGCCCUCUUGCCAAGCGCCCAUCCGCCUGUCACUGAUCGACCAACCUUUCCGAGUGGCUCCCGAACUUUUCGAGGAAUAUAACUAUCGCCUCGCCUUGGCGGCUCAGAAUUUAAUAUAGAUUACGACUCGUUCCUUGACCGAUAUGUUAAUAAAAAGUAUAUAAAGAUUG